AUGUCGUGAGUGUCACUUCGUCGGCGUGGUUCUCGUUGGGCACACGCAAUGUUCGUCGGACUAGCUGCUAAUCGCGCUCUUUGACUCUACUUCCUUGCAGUUCUGGCGGAAAGUCUGGCGGCAAGACCGGCUCUGACUCCAAGUCUCAAUCGCGCUCGGCCAAGGCCGGCCUUCAGUUCCCUGUCGGUCGUAUCCACCGUCUCUUGCGUAAGGGCAACUACGCUCAGCGUGUUGGUGCUGGUGCCCCAGGUGAGUCGUAUUCACACAGCUGGACGAACCUGGUGCAAGGUGCUGACGCAUCCAUUAUCUGUCUUUCAUCUAUCAGUCUACCUCGCUGCCGUCCUCGAGUACCUGGCAGCUGAGAUCCUCGAGCUGGCUGGUAACGCCGCUCGUGACAACAAGAAGUCUCGUAUCAUCCCUCGUCACCUUCAGCUCGCCAUCCGCAACGAUGAAGAGCUCAACAAGCUUCUCGGAGGCGUGACCCUCUCGCAAGGUGGUGUCCUUCCUCACAUCGCUGCCGAGCUCCUGCCUUCGAAGACCAAGAAGGGUGGCAAGGCCGCUGCCAGCCAGGACUAA